AUGCCAUCCACUCGCUCAUCUAGCAGGACACCGAGAAGAUUGAGUGGCAGUACAGUUACAAGUUCUCUUAGUGAAAUGGAGCCAGCACCUCCAGUCCUCGGAAAGAUUGGCGUAUGCGCUUUGGAUGUGAAAGCUCGCAGCAAGCCGAGUCAGAACAUCUUGACACGCCUUCAAUCUAAAGGAGGGUUUGAAGUGAUCGUUUUUGGUGAUAAAGUCAUUCUUGAUGAGGCUGUAGAAAACUGGCCUGUUUGUGACUUCUUGAUUGCUUUCUUCUCUGACGGAUUUCCAUUGGACAAGGCUAUCGCAUACGCUAAACUUCGAAAACCGUUUUGUGUGAAUGAUCUGCCAAUGCAGAAGGUUCUGUGGGAUCGUCGUCUGUGCUUGAAAAUCCUAGACCAAAUGAAUGUUCCAACGCCAAAACGACUUGAAGUCAACCGCGAUGGUGGGCCAACAUUGGAGUCGCCAGAGCUUGCACAGCAUGUUCAUAGACUCGCAGGAGUCAAACUUGACGGGCCUGGAGAUGGGACGGGCGGGGGCGCUGCGAAAACGAAAAGCGUAUCAAUGUCAGAUGACGGUGAUUCGUUGAUCGUGGACGGGAAGACGUUCAGAAAGCCAUUCGUCGAGAAACCGACCGACGGAGAAGAUCACAAUAUCCACAUAUAUUUCCCCAACGACCAACAGUAUGGUGGUGGUGGCAGAAAGCUUUUUCGAAAAGUGGGCAAUAAAAGUUCCGAAUAUGACCCUCAUCUUACCAUUCCCCGGUCGAUAACAGAUCAGGGCGCCAGCUACAUCUAUGAGCAGUUCUUGAGGGUGGAUAACUCCGAGGACGUCAAAGCUUAUACCGUCGGUCCAGAGUACUGCCAUGCAGAAACAAGGAAGUCACCAGUGGUUGAUGGGCUCGUUCGGCGAAAUACACACGGUAAAGAGCUGAGAUAUAUAACGAAUUUGAGCAAGGAUGAAGCUUUAAUUGCUUCGAAAAUAUCCAACGGUUUCGGCCAGCGAAUCUGCGGCUUUGACAUGCUACGGGUUGGGGAUCGAAGCUACGUAAUAGACGUCAAUGGAUGGAGUUUUGUCAAAGACAACAACGAUUACUAUGAUCGAUGUGCUAGCAUCCUCCGCGACACUUUCCUUAGUGAAAAGCGGAGGCUUUCCGAAGUUGUUGACACGAUCUCCUCCGAUGCCGGCCAUACUUGGAGGCCUUCUGUCUCACAUAGACACGCGCUGAAAACUCUACUGAAACCGCCAAGUACAUCAAAACUUUACGGGAACCAGCAGCACAACAGGACCUCUGACAAUGACUUGCCUGAAGCUCUUACUGCAGGACUUGUCGAACCGCCUGGAAAGGAAAGUCCAGAUGCUGGCAAAAUCGCCAGAAAUACUACAGCAAAGGACAAUCACCCAAACCCCACUAGCUACACGGUGCAACACGGCAAGCCACCGGUUGGAAUUAUGGACGCACCCAACGAAGGUGCUCCUCCACCUCCAGCCUCCAAGCACUCUUGGAAAUUGAAGGGCAUGGUAGCCGUCAUUAGACAUGCAGAUCGCACACCAAAACAAAAAUUCAAGUUCACCUUCCACAGUCAGCCGUUUAUUGAUCUAUUGAAAGGGCAUCAGGAAGAAGUGGUGAUCAAAGGGAAGGCUGCACUGGCCAGUGUUUCUGAUGCUGUCAGAGUCGCAAUGGCUCAGGAACUCGAAGAUAUGGAUAAAUUGAAAUUACUCCGCACAUCUCUCGACAAAAAAGGCGGCUGGCCUGGAACUAAAGUUCAAAUCAAGCCGAUGUUUCGCAAAAGAACCCCCGACGAACUUCAUGGGGGAGAAUCAAAUGUUCGAAACAUUUCAGAAAGUUGCCCGAGAGAUAAGAGCUUGAGCAGGUCUCAAACCCGGAGUGACUCGAUAUCUGGUGCCACUUUCUCGAGGUUCUCUGCUGCCGAAAAUGACCUUAUCCUUGAUAAACUUCAACUUGUCAUUAAAUGGGGUGGGGAGCCAACUCAUGCUGCUCGUUACCAGUCACAGGACCUAGGACUCAACAUCCGUGAUGACCUGAAAUUGAUGAACAAAGAAGCACUGAACAAUGUCCGGAUAUUCACUAGCUCGGAACGACGUGUAAGCACCAGCGCUCAAAUUUGGGCUUGCUCUUUUCUGGAUCAAAAGGAACUUCCGGAGGGAUUCAUACAAGUACGGAAGGAUCUCUUAGAUGACUCCAACGCUGCAAAAGACCUUAUGGAUAAGGUAAAAAAGAAGCUGAAACUGCUUCUAAGAGAAGGCUCUGCCCCAUCUCAGUUCACCUGGCCGAAGGAUAAUAUCCCCGAACCCUCAGUCGUCUUGGCUACUGUUGUUGAGCUGAUGAAGUUCCAUCGAGACGUUAUGCGUCACAAUUUUCGAAGACUUGAUAAUAAUGCUUCACAUGGCCGACCAGCAACGACCCCUGCAGGUUCUUCUCCUAGUGUUUUCACUGAGAACGCCGAUAUCUCUUCUAUUCAAGGGCGAUGGUGCACCGGCGAGGACCCCAUGCUUUUUAAGGAGAGAUGGGAGAAAUUAUUUGCCGAGUUUUGUGAUACGGAAAAGGUCGAUCCUAGUAAACUUUCGGAGCUAUACGAUAGCAUGAAGUUCGAUGCUCUCCACAAUCGGCAAUUUCUAGAGUGGGUUUUCAUGCCCCCUGAUGACGAAAGCUCCGAGUCAUUCGAGGACAUUAGAUCGAACAGCGAUGUGAACACAGACAGGAGUGGAGAGCAUGGAGAUAAUUCGACAUUCGCUCGCCGAUUUAGUCUCAGGAAAAGGCUGCAUGCUUUUGAACCAAUCCCACACCUACGAGCCCUUGAUGAUUCUUACGAUCACUACUUCAAAUUAUACCCAGGUGCUAGCUCCACAAAGGCCAAAGUGGACGCGAGACUGUCAAAAUUGAGAGAGCUAUACAAACUGGCUAAGGUCUUGUUUGACUACGUAACACCUCAGGAAUACGGCAUUACAGAUACAGAAAAAUUGGAGAUUGGCCUACUGACAUCCUUACCCCUUCUUCAGGAGAUUGUAAGGGAUCUAGAAGAAGUGCAAGCCUCGACUGAUGCGAAGUCAUUUUUCUAUUUUACCAAAGAGUCCCAUAUUUACACCCUUCUAAACUGCAUCCUUGAAGGUGGUAUACAGACUAAAAUUGCCCGAACCGCCAUUCCCGAGUUGGAUUAUUUGUCUCAGAUCUGUUUUGAGCUUUAUGAAGCCCGGGAUUGCGAAUCAUCAACAAAUUCUUACUCAAUUCGAAUUUCUAUUAGCCCUGGGUGCCAUGCAUUUGACCCACUGGAUGUGCAACUUGAUGCUAGGCAUGCCAUCGGUUGUGCACCUAGACGAAGUUUGACAGCUCAUAAAGAUUGGAAGGAAGUCAUCGAGACUCUCAAGGCUAAAUUCAACACUGUUGAACUUCCCAAAUCAUUUAUUGCAGUGAAUUUGAGUGACAAGCAUGGGCCUAACACUUGA